GGGCGCGACCGGAAGCAAAGGAGAAGCCGUCCUGGCCAUGGCGCGGGUUGGACCUGGGAGGGCGGGGGCCUCUCGCCGCGGCCGGAGUGGCCAGCGGCGACCUGCAACCUGGGAGAUCUCGGACUCCGACACCGAGGGCCCCGCCCACUCGGAGGCCGCCGCGAGAGCCCGGGACCCAGCUGGGGAGCGCAGGGCGGCGGCCGAGGCGUUGCGGCUGCUGCGGCCGGAGCAGGUCCUGAGGCGCCUUGCGGUGCGCGUGGACCCAGCCUUCCUGGAAGACGCCGGUGCCGACGUCCUGAUGGAGGCCCUAGAGGCCCUGGGCUGCCAGUGCCUCAUCGAGCCCCAGCGCCCGGCGCGGAGCCUGCAGUGGACCCGAGCGAGUCCCGACCCCUGCCCCCGCAGCCUGCCUCCUGAAGUGUGGGCUGCAGGUGAACAGGAAUUGCUGCUUCUGCUGGAGCCGGAGGAGUUUCUGCAGGGCGUGGCUACACUGACCCAGAUCUCUGGCCCAACCCGCUGGGUGCCCUGGAUCACCCCCGAGAUCACUGCCCGGCCCCACCUGGCUGUCAUCGGGCUGGAUGCCCAUCUGUGGUCUCGCCAGCACGUUCCCCGUGGGACACAGCCAGAGAGCCUGCAGGUGGCCGGUGCGGAGUUGGCCGUGGGCUGGCCAGAGGUGGAGGAGGCUCUGGUGCUCCUGCAGCUUUGGGCAAAUCUGGACGUGCUGUUGGUGGCCUCGUGGGAGGAGCUGAGUCAGCACGUGUGCGCCAUCACCAAGGCCCUUGCUCAGUGUCCCCUCAAGCAGUACCGGGAAUCCCAGGCCUUUUCCUUUUGCACAGUAGGGCGCUGGGCAGCGGGUGAGCCGGUGGCAAGAGACGGCACAGGGCUGCGCGGGGCCUGGUGGAGGCAGAUCAGGCAGUUCAGUCGGGUCAGCCCAGCCGUGGCUGACGCUGUGGUCACAGCCUUCCCCUCCCCGCGCCUUUUACAACAGGUGGGCCCCUCCCUCCUCACAGUCCUGCAGGUGAAGGCCCCGUCCCCAGGUAAGUCCUCUCAUGCCUUUGCCCGCCCCCAGGCGUUCAUGGCCUGCAGCACGGAGCGGGAGCGCCUGCGCCUCCUAGCUGACCUCCCUGUGAUGGCCAGUGAAGAUGGGCGGUCCCGCAGGGUGGGGCCUGACCUCUCCCGCCGCAUCUGCCUCUUCCUGACCACGGCCAACCCUGACCUCCUCCUGGACCUGAGCUCCUGACCACAUCUGGGACCACCAGAACAGCAUGCAGCCUUAGGAACAGACCAGACACCCUGCAGGGUGGUGGGGAGGACCCCAGCCACAUGUGGACCCUCAGUCUCUGGCUGGGCAGGUCUGAUCUCAGGGGGAGGGUAUGUGGUUGCAGGGAAAGUUUUAGGCAGCUGGAAUGAAAGGAGGGGCUUCCGGCUUGCAGCUGGCAGGAGAGGCUGGUGAUUCCUAUGCUGAGCCCUGCACACACAGGGGAGCCCAGCAGCAAAGCUGUCUCCCCUACCCCCCCUCCACACACACACAAUGUGGCAGGGGCUGAAGGCAGCACCAGG